AUGCGGUUGAUUCGCUUUGCUGUGCCGAUACUUUUGACCACAAAGGCCAAAAACAACAGCCAAAAGAAAGAACGACUUAAGUUACUAUACGCAGUCCGAGAUGCACUCUCAGGCUCCAGUUAUUUUGCUCUCUCUGCGCAACCGGCUGCAGUUUCUCCUUUAUUAGAAGCGUACUUGGCUCCAAGAGGCCUGCUGCAGAAGACAACUACAUUGCCGUUGCCAUUUGAUGCUAAUGACACGACGACAGAAUCACCAGAUAAAGUUUGCGUGGGUCAUUUGUGGUAUUUGAUGGAUGCAAACUUCAGUCUUGGACGAGCAAAACGGAGAGGAAACCUGGUGGAGCUAAUGGAAUUGGAGCAGCAUAUUCGAGAGCGAGUGCAGUUUUUGAUGAAAGAUGUCUUGUACUAUCAUCCAGAUCGAGUUGACUCCUGGGUGCGCUUGGGAAAGACAAUGAAGGAAUUAUAUCACGCAGCUACAGAUGCGUUUGCUGCUGUGCUCGGACGGAAGCUCAGAGUUCGAGCAUUCCAGUGA